AAGGGAAAAGUAAUAAAUAACCUGCAUGAGCAGAUAAAAUCGUUAGAGGAUAACAACAUCCCAUACAAAUACUACAGCCCGUCAAAUAAUGUGAAUAUUCGAAAUUAUUUAAGUGACAGGAAGGUUCGAUGCUCCUGUCCGCCCAACUCGUACUUAAGUCUCAACGAGUUGUUAAAAUUGAUCGACACGUUGGAUCAUCAUGACAGUGCCGAGAUGAAACACCUAGACUAUAAUGCAGAUAUGGUAGCAAACCAAAUGACCAAUCGGAAGGUCAACAAGGAGGAGUACACGUACCACCAAUUCAGAAGAGUGCCCAAGGAUGCUUUAUAUAACAACGUUUUGGUGAAGGAGAGAAGUCUGUAUGAUCAGGCUGAUUAUCAUACCACUGUGUACCAUCAGGACGGUCGCAACUACGACAAACACACUAAUAAUGACAGCCGUGUGAAUUACGGACACAGCGCACAUAGCAACACGUACAAGCAUCCUCCUGAUCAGCCAUAUGAGGAUAACCCCGUGAGAAAUAGCAUCCUACAGAAUAAUUACUGCCCGCUCAGCUGUGACAACCCGCCCAGUUAUAAGAACGCGUCAAACUCGGGAGAAGCGCACACAGUAAGUAGCACAUCGUCAAUCCCCUACGAAAGCAAUUGUACUAAGCGAACAAGCCAGACAAAGAUGGAGACCUCAUCACGAGCACCUGCUAAGAGCAAAGAUGGCAGCUUGCUAAAAAAUCUACUACAAUGCAGAGUUAAAUUGUCAAAAUGGAAUAAUAUUACAGAUCCAGAAAAAGUAAUCAGCACAAAGAAUUUAAAACUACUCCUGUUGCAUCGCCCCAGCUCGAUUGAAGACAUCAAAAAUUUGAAUCUCACAGGAUUCGGGGAAGCUAAAAUAAAAAAAUAUGGCUACGAACUUUUGAACGUUUUCCUAUCUGGCUACACGGACGAGACUUAA